UCUGCCGUGAUCACACAACCACUUCAUAUUCAUGCAUUUCCUGAUCAGGAGAGAAGGAAGUCAUCUGACGUCUCUCAUUUGUAUGUCCCUCACACUGAGAUGCAGACUACGAUCCCCAACAUCCUAGCUGCAGAAACUCGGAAAACAGAGAAAAAGACUAAAAUCAAAGAACCACCACCACCUGUUCCAAAGAAACCAAAGAAUCCCUUUAAAAAGGCUGUUACCCACAAAAAAUCUGCUUCUCAUUCCAUUGAUGAGCCAAGUGAAUAUUCUGACCUACUGCUUAAAAAUAUUAAAAUGGGCAGAAGGCAGGCGGCAGUGGAUUCCACUGAGGAUUUCAAUAUGCGUGCAUCAUGUCUGGAUAUGUUACCUUAUUGCACGGUCUCUCCAGAGUCCCCAUCCUACAUGUGCAUGUCCAUAGGGUUUGAGCCUGAGGUUGAUAUUCCAAGACAUUACUUAGACUUCUAUGAUAACCUUGUUGCACCUGACUGCGAUAACGUGACAGGAACUAUUGAUGAUCCUCAUGAUAAAGAACUAAUAGGUUUGGAUAUGUCUCAGCUGAGACCAUUAUUAGAGAAAAAAGCAAAAAUAAAGGGCCCACCACCACCUGUUCCAAAAAAGGCGGGAAAUCGUUUUGCUAAGACUGACACGGAGAAGAUCCUCUCAAUUAAAGACUCUGUUUUGGCAAAUGUGGAAUGUCCUGUCAAAUAUGCUAAAGAUGACUCUGAAAGCUAUGUGCUGGGCAUUGUGGAUGAAGAAAACUCUAUAUCCAACACAGUCUCAACCAGAUAUUCUCAUGAUUCCUGUCGAAUUCCAAGAAGUGAUUCUUCUGCCUCUGAGGAAAAUGAACUGUCCAGAUUCAGACCCGUCUCCGAACUCAUCAGAGAUUCCAACAAAAUCCAAGAGAAAGUGAUACAUCACAGCAGGACAAACAUUAUGGAAGCCAGGCCAGAUGUAAAAGUAUCACAGAUGAAGAGAGCCUUUGAUGUUCAUACAUUUCCCUAUAAAAUGGAAAGAAGAUCCUCGCCAAAGAAAGAAAUGAUCAGACGAGUGGUACGACAGAGUAAAUUCCGUCAUGUGUUUGGCCAGGCGGUGAAGAAUGACCAGUGCUAUGACGACAUCAGGGUUUCGCGGGUUACAUGGGACAGUUCCUUUUGUGCAGUAAACCCCAAAUUUGUCGCAAUUAUUGUGGAAGCUAGUGGCGGUGGAGCUUUUCUUGUUCUUCCUCUGCAAAAGACGGGUCGUAUUGACAAGGCCUACCCCACUGUUUGCGGUCACACAGGCCCUGUGCUUGACAUCGACUGGUGCCCACACAAUGAUCAUGUCAUUGCCAGCGGCUCCGAAGAUUGCACAGUAAUGGUGUGGCAGAUCCCUGAGAAUGGCCUCACCUCUCCUCUUUCUGAGCCAGUAGUGGUGUUGGAGGGCCAUUCUAAGAGAGUUGGGAUCGUGACGUGGCAUCCAACAGCCCGCAAUGUACUGCUAAGUGCAGGAUGUGAUAAUCUCAUCAUCAUUUGGAACGUGGGCUCAGGAGAAGCCCUGAUCAACCUGGAGGAUAUGCAUCCUGAUGUGAUCUUCAGCGUCUGCUGGAGUCGCAACGGUAGCCUCAUUUGUACCGCAUGCAAAGACAAGAAAGUCCGCGUCAUCGAUCCACGCAAAGGGAAGAUCACUGCAGAAAAGGACAAGGCCCAUGAAGGGGCACGACCAAUGAGGGCCAUCUUUCUGGCUGAUGGAAACAUCUUUACCACGGGCUUCAGUCGUAUGAGUGAACGGCAGCUGGCCUUAUGGAAUCAAAAAAACAUGGAGCCAAUAUCUGUGCAUGAAAUGGACACCAGCAAUGGAGUGUUGCUUCCCUUCUAUGACCCUGACACCAAUGUUGUGUACCUGUGUGGAAAGGGUGACAGCAGUAUCCGUUACUUUGAGAUCACAGACGAGGCGCCGUAUGUGCACUACCUCAACACAUUUUCCAGCAAGGAGCCCCAGAGGGGCAUGGGCUAUAUGCCUAAAAGAGGCCUAGACGUCAACAAGUGUGAGAUAGCCAGGUUUUAUAAACUUCAUGAGAGAAAGUGUGAGCCAAUUAUCAUGACCGUCCCUAGAAAGUCAGACCUCUUCCAGGAUGACCUGUAUCCCGACACAGCAGGCCCUGACCCUGCGAUAGAGGCAGAGGAGUGGUUUGAAGGCAAGAACGGUGAACCAAUCCUGAUCUCCCUUAAACAUGGCUAUGUGCCGGGCAAGAACCGCGACCUUAAAGUAGUCAAGAAAAAUGUGCUGGAUAACAAGACACCCAAAAAGCUGGAGGAGCCACCUAUUCCUCAGAAGCCUGCCGCCUCUCCCCAGCUAACCAGAAAGAAUGAAGUGAAGUUAGAGGAGCUGCUGCGAGAAGUGAAGUCCCUUAGAGAUCUGGUCACACUGCAGGACAGGAGAAUCGCCAAACUGGAAGAGCAGGUGGCUAAAGUGGCAAUCUAAGACACUGGUGCUGAUCUGAGCCAUUCUGUCAGUAUGGAGAGUGUGAGAUUCAGCUGGGGCGGGAGGGGGGGUGGGGGUCAGUCACUGCCAAAAUUCUCAAUUUGACUCAAUCAUUCCGCUUGGUGUUUCUCAUGAAGACAACUUCAAGCAACAUUCCAAGAUGGACUUUUACUUUUUGUCAAGUCUCCUUCAAGAAUUUGCAUAGCAAAAAGGAAUAUAGUGGCAAUGGGUGGUCGUUGGUUUUAACUGAUUUUGAUGACGAGGAGGGUGGGGCCGGGCCGUGAGGACACACGCCUGGCCCCACCCUCCUCCUUGUCACACUGAUGUUUUACAUUUUGUUAAAAAUGUUCAUACUUUUUUGUUAUUGUAAUAUUGUUUCAUCAGUAUUCUGAUAUUAACCAGUAUGUUACAGAGUGUUGUAUAUACACAUCAGUAUUUUACUUUCCUUUUAUGUUGUGCUGCCAAAUUUGAGGUGACACAGUCACCUCUCUUUUUAUUUCUACUUUUGUAUGUUUUUUCCCAGUUGUAGAUAAGUUACUUUUUGAAAAACAAGGAUUUACAUGUAAUACUAUUCAAAGUGGGACAUCAGCAAAGCAAAGGCAGUCUGAAAUGUGUUGAUGUGAUUUUGAAGUGAUGCAAAGGCUGUUGGUACUGCAGAAACUAAUCACAGAUAAGUGUAUGAUGUAGUGAAAUCUAAGAGAUGUUCAUAACCAUUCAAACUUAUGGAGUGCUUACAGCAAACACACAUACUCACACAGCAGUGAGCUGCUCAUUUGACAUUUAGGAUUUUAAAAGCAGUCCAACAUUGUCCCUUGUGGUGAUCAUGAUAACUGGAGUUUAAAGCACAUGCUGCUUUGAGAUCAACAUAAUUCAUUAUAAAGCAUCCGACAACAGGGUUUUUCAGGAUAUACCACAAUAUAUCCUGAAGCAAUAACAUCAUGUUGCAAAAUGAAUGUGAACGUCAAUCUAAAAUUUCUUACAGGAUUUAUUAGCAUCAGCGUGUUAAUUAUGCAUAGAUUUCAUAAAUCAAAUACCUACAGCUGUUUCAGCUUUAUAGUAAUUAUGAAAUUACUGUUGCACCUCAGGAAAUAAACAACUUUGGAGUCACAACAUCGGAUGCUCAAAACUUGCAUGAAGUUUUUGCCCAAGGAAAUAUUAUCAUCUUGUUUUGACAUUAUCAAACAUUAUCCAUGCUCUCUAGUUUCCAUUACCCACAUUCUAAUUAUUUUUCAAUCAUGUUACAGAAUAUUGGGCUGACAGACACAUGCUUUGAUAUGUGAAUUUGGUUUUAAGAAGCAGUGGCUACCUGCGAGAUCUUCUGAUGUAUAUGUACUGUAAAUGUAUUGGUGCCUCUGUGUGUAUUACUGGUUUUAGACAGGCCUCCUGCUGGAGGACAACAUCCAUGAAUCUGAGCACUUAUCUGUGUCCUAACCAGUCUUGUGCAUGCAUUCCAAAUUUCACCUAAAAUAAAAUAAAUUGUUGAAUAUUCAAUAAAUCCUUUCAUUUAUACUU